CGAUUUGGGUGUCUCAUUGCGUCCGCCUCACGUUUGUUGUGUCGGAAAGCGAAAGCCGGACGGGGGAAGUGGGGAGGUUUAGUGGCGAAAGGCGGAAGACGAGUCACGCGGAAUUCCCCCCAGCCGGUGCUGUUGCGGAAUUUCACCCCCUUCCCAUCCCGAAUGUCACAGUCUUGGUCCGCCUGGGUCCGUCGCUGUCAGCCCCGCGACUCGGUCCGAGUGCCCGGACUCCGGGCUCGGAAUUCGGGAUUCAGGUGUCAUUCCGAAACCUUCCCCCUCCCCUGUCUUGGCAUGCCCGGUGCUCGGGAAGCUCAGCACUAGUUUGCUCGAGUCUGCACCUAAACCGAGCUGGGCUGCUGCUUUCAAGCUAUCGCGCUCUUGGUCUUGGAAAACGACUCUUGAAAACGACUUCGGAAAACGACUUGAAAAGGAGGUUGAAAACGACUUGGAAGCUGUCAGGGCUGCCAGCCAUUCUUGGAGACUGGACCUCGAGCUGUUUGCCUCUGUGCCGCUGCUACUCGCUCUGAGAACGACCUGAAGCUGCCGCUCCGUCCCUGCCUUCUGAAGGCGGAUCGUGACAGGUGAGAGUGAGGGCGCGCGGCAAGGCAGGUGGUGGUGUAAGACAGGCCGUCUUCAGCACAAGGCUCCUCUGUGUCUGGUCUGGGGGAGGGCCUGGCGCGGAGGAAGGAAGGUUACUACACCAUCCUUGCUCCGACUAUCACAGGAGCGGCAGGUGAACCUGUAAGACAAGCCGUCUUCCAGUGAAUGUGUGAGUCUGGUGAUGGCAUGAGUGGUGGAGUGAGCGGCAGCCUUACAGGCAUGGCGACAGCCGCUGACAGCGCGAAGCUAGGAAGCUUUAUUUCCACUGGAAAUGGCCACUUGGGCCUAGAAAAAGAGGUGAAAGCGGUAGAGGUGAAUUCAGGCUCUAAAGGACUGCGUACGGCAGCCAAGGGCGGAGAGCAGGGGGGGGACAUGGCAUGGGAGAAAGGAAGCCAUGGCGAUGGUUGCUGGGAGAGCUGCUGCAGCUGGGAGGGAGGGCGUUUGCCUACUGAGAAUGAGACGAAGGAGAAGAGUGAUAAGCAUGAACCGCAUGACGAGACUGGUCAGAGUGGAGGGCUGCUUUGUGAUGCAAAGAACGAGAGCAAUGAUACUGAGACGGAGAAUGCGAAGAAAGAGGUGCACGGGGUGGUGGUGCCCAUGGAGGAGGACUCUGCACCCGAGCCUGAGCCUGCUGGCAAGCUCACAAUCAGCGGCAGACGCGGUAAUGAGGAUGUGUAUAAGGGGGGCGGUGCUGAGGCGAUGCACGUGGGGGAGGUGAGAGGAGAUGGGGGAGGAGGCGAGGGGAUGGAAGGAAGAGGGGAGGAGGUUGGAGGGUUGAUGGAAGCAGUAGCCAGUACACCGGAGCUGGGGAGGGAGGUGAAAGGUGGAACCCGGGCGUCCAGCAGCAGCAGUGACAACAGCGGCUUCAAAAUGGGUGGCGCGAUGAGUCGGCAAGGGGUGGAGCCGGUGUUAUUGGCUGGCAUGCUGGGCCGUUGCCAGGAGAACGAGAGGGGGACGCAUGGUGAGGAUGAUCUGUCGCGCCGUAACAGUUACCAGCAGAGCGAAUCUCCAGCCCAUGGGAACGGCGAGUGCAUGGAGGAAGGAGAAGCAGGGGAGGGGGAAGCGGGUGGUAAAGAUGCGUGGGAGGGAAAAGUGAGUGGUGGAGGUGCAGGGAAAGAGCGUCCUGACAAGGUGAAUGCAGGAGCACAGGCAGCAGCAGCACCUGCAGGAAAGGCAGCAGCGAUUGGAACAACAACCGCAUGCAUCGCAGCAGCAAUAGCAGUGUCGGCAGCAGCAUCCCCUGCGCCACAGCCGUCAACCCCUUCAAGCUUGCAUGUGGCGGCCCAAUCACCACUAUCACCACCGGCAUCAGCAGGCACGCGAGUGGUGACCUGUGAGGAGCUCCAGCGCCAGUUGCAGCCUCUUCUAGCUCCCAAGACCAGCUCCUCGCCCGAAUCCGCAUCUCGAAAACACGGGCUGCCACCGAAGCGGCCUCUCACUCCCGCCCCACUUGGUGGUGGUGCUGCUGCUGCUACUGGUGCUGCUGCUGCUGGUGCUGCUACUGCUGGUGCUACCACUGGUGCUAAUGCCGCUGGCUCAGCACCAGCUUCCGUGUGCGCUGCUCUUCCUCCUCUCUCACGACCUGCUGCUUCAACUCCCACUCCUGCUGCUCCAUCCGAUCCUCCUCCGCAUGCCACACCUUCUUCUGCGCCUGCUGCUGCUCCUGCUGCUGCUGCUGCUCCUGCUGCUGCUGCUGCUCCUGCUGCUGCUGCUGCUGCUGGUGCUGCUGCUUCUGCAGCAGCUGUGGCCCCUGCCGCCAUGCCCCAAAGCCCUUCUCCUGCCCCAGAUUCCUCUCCUCCUGCUGCUGCUGCCUCCCUUCCCCCUCCUCCUCUUCCUCCUCCUCUUCGUCCUCUUCCUCCUCCUCCUCCUCCUCCCCACACCCCCUUUGCAGCAACGUCGUCAGUCCUGCCUGCCCUGCCCCCUCGCCCUGCUCCUCCCCCUCCCAGCCCCCUUGCCAUCCCCAUCACUCUCUCCCGAGGCUUCCUCACCCCCAGGCCCACACAAGACGACAAGGCAGGCCGCCCACGGGAGUCCCACGACUAUCAGCUGCAUCAGCAGCAGCAGCAGCAGCAGCAGCAGUCAGCACAAGUAGCGAAUCAGCCAACUCACUCCUCUAAUCACCUCCUUCGUUUGAACCAUACAUCCCCGCUUUUGAAUCACUCCUCUCCUCCUUGGCGUCAGACCCCUCCUCUGAAUCACAGUGCUCCAUUAAGUCACACCACUCCAUAUAGUCACAUCCAUCAUCCAAACCACGCAUUGCAGCAGCCUCAUAUCGCGCCUUUUCUCAAAUCCCCUCCAGCAUCUCUCCAUUCCCCUCUCUCCCCUCCCUCCCCACUGCACCACCAUCCCUCACUCCACCACCACUCCUCCCCUCCCCACCGCCCCUCCCCUCUCUCCCCUCCUUCCCCUCUCCAUCGCUCCUCCCCCCUCUCCCAUCUCCACCUCACCUCCCCCCCCACCGCUCUCCUGAACCACGAGCUCGCCCAUUUCUUCUCCAUGCCCGAAUUAGACGCUGCCAUGUUACAAAAUAACACCAUGUUACAAAGUAACACUGCCAUGUUACAGAGUAACUCCUCGCCCUGCGUCCUGCCUCUUGACCUCUCCCCGAGCCUCUCCAUGCCGAGCCAGCCUGCACCGAACCUGGACCAGAUGCCGAGCCUGAGCCUGCCGCCCCCGGCAACAGGUGGGGAGGUGGGGCAGGGGCCGUUCAGGUUGGGGGGAGAGGUGAGGAUGGUCGGUGCGGAGGAGGGGAUGGAGUGUGAGGGGGGGGAUGCUGGUGGCAUAGCUGGCGUGGCUCGGAGAGUGGGAGGUACAGCGACCUGCGAUAGAGGCGGCUUGGCUGCCAACGAUAAGGGCGGAAUGCCAACAGCAGCAGGGCCGGCAGCACCAGCAGCACCAGUAGCACCGGCGGCAGCAGCAGCAGCUCCAGCAGCGGCAGCACCAUUGGUUCCAGGAGCCAUAGCCGCAGGAGCAGCAACAGAAGCAACAGUAGCAGCAGGAGCAGAGGUGAAAGCAACAGGCGUGGCAGGGACUGAAGCAGUGGCCACAGGUGCCAAGGUACCUUCUUCCGUGAUGGAAGCAGUGGCAUCCGUGAUGGAUGCGAAGGAGGAAAGGCACAACGGCCUGCGUGUUGGUGAUAUGAACAGGGAGAUGGGCGGCAAGGCUUUCAGCUGCGAAGAUAUGGGCGGCAAGGAUUUGUCCAGCAAGGAAGAUUUGGGCGGCAAGCAUGUGGAUGGCCAGGGUGCAGAGCCGGCUGCAGGCAGCGGUGCAGCAAAGGCUGGCUUGGCUCUAGUGAACGGACGUGGUGGAAGCCCCGUGAAUGUGCAUGAAUCUGCUGUGCUCUGCCGUAACCAGACACAGCACAUGCAGCAGCAGCAGCACUUUUUCCCGCACUGGCAGCAAGUGUCUGGAAGCGGAGCAAGUAACGCCGCAGCAGCUGCUGCUGCUGCUGCUACUAGAGUGCGCGCCAAUGCUGCUGAUGCUGCUGCGCCAAGUGCAGGACAGCAGCAGCUGGAAGGGAAAGUGGCGACGCAGAGGGGCAAAGAGGAGAGGGAGAGGAGCAAGGCGAGGUGGAAGGGGCUCAUUGCGUCUCAUCCUCUAUAUAAGCAGAUGCUCAGCGCCCACGUGGCCUGCCUUGAGGUGGCCACGCCCCUGGACCAGCUGCCGCUGAUUCAAGUGCAGAUGGAGCGAGCUGACCUCGUCUCCUCCACUUACACCCGCAUGCUCCAUGCUAACUCCAACUCCCCCCAAGCCGCAGCCAACGCUCCUGGUAGUGCCCCUGUGGCUGACCCUCUUGGUGCAAGCGCUGCUGCAAACGGCGCCGCUCCUACCACCCGUCCUAGCGCCUCUCCUGCUACCUCUGCAGGAGGAGGAGCAGUUCUGGCUGGUGAUAAGGCUGCUGCUGCUGCUGCCCCUGCUUCUUCCGCAGCAGGUGCUGUGGCCAAUGGGAAUGCGCCAUGUGGCAGGAAAGGACUGGCGUCUGAAACAGAAGAGGCUGAGCUGGACAAUUUCAUGGGCCAAUUUGUGAAGCUCCUUCGAGCGUUCAAGGAUCAGUUGGAGGAGCACAUCCGCGUGCACGCCAGGGAGGCGGUCACCACGUGCGCGCGGCUCAAGCAAGCCGUUGCUGCUGCGGGGGGCUCUGCUGACAAGCUUGCUGCUUCUGGCGCUACCAUGUCAGAUGACGAGGGCGGAGGGGGUGGGGGAGGGGGAGGGGGCGGGGGAGGGGGCGGGGGAGGGGGAGGGGGAGGGGGAGGGGAUCAGCUCAGCAGCCUUGGUCAUACAGCCCAUAACGAUGGGCACAACCAUAGCAAUGGGCACAACCAUAGGAAUGGGCACAACCAUAGCAAUGGGCACAACCAUAGGAAUGGGCAUGACCAUGGUUACAACAACAACAGCCAUAGGCACGGGCUUGUGCCUUUUCCAUCAAGCGCCAACGGCCAUGGGUCGAGCAGUGGUUUCAACACCUUUGCUCCUGCUGCUCCUGCUGGUGGUGGUGGUGGUGGUGGCUACAGUGGUGGAUGCACAAGCAUGUCCGGUUCCUUGGGAUGUCAAUACACACACCAGCAGCAGCAGCAGCAGCAGCAGCAACAGAGCCACUCCAUGCAUGCGCCCAACCAGCCUCUCACUCUCCUCCCCCACCGCCCUCCACCCGCCCCUUCCCCUUGGCAUCAGCUGCCCACGUCUCACCCUGGCAUGGGGAUGGGCGGGAGUGCACCCAUGGGUGCACCCCCCAUGGUGUUUGGGGCAAUGAACGGCGCUGGUACACAUGGCAGCAUGGGGACACAUGGCAGCAUGGGGACACAUGGCAGCAUGGGCAUGGGGGUGGAUAUGGGCAUGGACAUGAAUGGAAGCAUGGGCAUGGGCAUGGGGAUGGCGGGGGCACAUGACAGGAGCGCGGUGGAAGAGGCUCUGCUCAAGGAAUACGGCAGAGAGGGCUUCCGGGCGCGCAUCCUGGGGGUGAGGGAGGAGAUCAUGCGCAAGAGACGGGCUGGGAAGCUGCCAGGAAACACCACCCAGGUGCUCAAGGCGUGGUGGCACGAGCACAUCCAGUGGCCCUACCCCACGGAGGAGGAAAAAGCAGGCCUCAUGGCGCAAACAGGCCUGGAACUGAAGCAAGUGAACAACUGGUUCAUCAACCAGCGCAAGCGCAACUGGCACGGCAACCCCGCGGUGGCAGCAGCGCAACACAAGGGGCCAAAACAGGCCAAGCGGAAGUGAAGGAAGGGAGGGGAGGGGGAGAGACGAGGAGCAGAGGGGUGGGAGGGAUGGGAGAAGGGAGGAGAGAACAUGGCAUGGGUUGGUAAAAGGUUAGGGAUGCGAGAAUCAGGCACUCCAGCAGCGGUACUGUUCUGUUCUGCUUGGCUGCGAGUGACUACCUGCUCACCUCCUGUGAGACUUACGGUAUUGUCUUGUCUGACCUUUGUAUCUUCCGUGCUAACUCCGUAGGCUGCCCGGCCUCUGUUAUCGUUUAGUAGUGUUUGCUAUAGGCCCUGCUGUAGGUCCUACUGUUCAAAUGAUCUGGUAAUAAAUGCAGCAGGAUGUGUACACAACACAAGCCUCUACAUGAUCCUUCUCUGGCCCGGGUUUGAGGCUGAGAAUGAG